CAUUACUCAGGAAAAAAUGCACUUUCCUCUUUUCUAUUUCAUCUAUCAAAUUAUUAUUAUUUGUUUUGCAGGUGAUUAUUCGAACUUCCCUUUCUAGUCUUUAAGGUUUAUGUGGAUAGCCUCUUUGAAGCAUGGAAUCUUCUCAAGAAACUCUUCUUCCUGGAUUGCCAGAUGAUUUGGCUUUGAGAUGUCUUGCCAGGUUGUCACAUGGUUACCAUGGAGUGCUUGAAUCUGUAUCAAACAGGUGGAAAGAUUUGGUUCGCAGCUCCGAGUAUGCUAAUUAUAAAGCUAAUCAAGGAUGGUGUGGGGAUUGGUUAUUUGUUGUGACCGAACGUUCCAAUAAUAAGUGGAUUGCCUAUGCUCGUGAAGCCAAUAGAUGGCAUCCGUUGCCAAAGAUUCCAACAGACCAUGAUGGUUUGCAGCAUUUUGGAUUUUCAGGUGUGUGUGUCUGCAACCGGCUUCUUGUGAUUGGUGGCUCUCAUGCACCACGUGAUACUGCUUAUCCGCGACAAACUCCUGUGAUAACGAAUGAUGUUAUCCAGUUUGAUCCUUAUAGGAAAAGGUGGAGCAGAUUAACGAGUAUGCGAACACCACGAUCUCACUUUGCAUGCUCUGUUAUGUCAGGGAAAGUCUAUGUUGCAGGAGGGCGCAACUUAUCUUAUCACCGAGGGCUUUCUCUUGCCAAGGUUUAUGAUCCGCUAAGUGAUCAGUGGGAGGAUGUGCCGGAAAUGCUGAACCCACAAAUGGACUGCCUAGGUAUAUAAUAUAAAGGCAAAUUUCAUGUUUUGAGUGACCAGGUAGGCUUGUCAGAGCAGAACCCAUCCGAAAUUUUUGAUCCACCAAGUAAAACAUGGCACAUGGUCAAUGAUAUUCGGCCUUUUUCGAGGGCAAUGCAAUUUGCUUUUCAGGUGAUGGGGGAUGAUCAAGUUUAUACUGUGGUGGAUUGGGGUGAGAGCUUAGUUAAAAUAAGAGACUCUUUAAGAGGAGAGUGGUACAAUGUUGGUGCCGUUCCUCCGGUUCGCCUUCCUGAUCACUCCCGAGAACUUGAGGCCUUUGGUUAUGGUUUCGCUGCACUAAGACAUGAAUUAUAUGUUCUUGGAGGGAAAGUUCUCAAGUGGGAAGAUUCAGGAGCUGGGAGGUUUGAUGUGGUGAUGUUAGCUGGGGUGAGAGUUUGUGAUCCUUUAUGGAGGCCGUUAAACUGGAGGGAAAUCCGGCCUAUGUGUAGUCCGGCCGGUGGAUCCAUUCUUGGCUGUGCCUCCAUGGAAGAAGAAUAAACUUCUUGAUCUGGACAAAAGAAAAAUGGAUUUUCUCAUGUACUCACUAAAACCAAAUACUCUUCACGAGAGUGCAGGUCAACUGAAAUGCGAAUAUUUGUGCUGAAGCCAGACAUAUCCCUCAAUGGAAAACCUCGAAUUACAUUAUUCCCUGAGCUCUUUAGAACUCUUAGAUCCAUGUCUCGAGUAACUGAUCACCAUCACAGUACAUACACAGUAGAAACAUCUCUCUCUGUCUGUUUAUGUUAGUUGAAUACGCUAUUUCUAGAGCAAUCAUGGGAAUUUAUUACAAUUUACCUGUUUUCUGCCCUUGUUCUUC